AUGACUGAGCUGGGCGCAAAGCCCGCUUCGCUGGGCUUUGCCAAGUGGAAGCUCGUCAUCGACGUCUCCAGCGACGACGGCGGCGCUCAGCGGCGGCUCCUCGCGACUCCGGAGCGCAUGGCGAAGCUGCUCGCCGCUUGCCGCUUCACCAACGGCGCGGACUCGUCGGCCGUGCUCGCGCUCUAUGAAAAGACGGCGAAGGCCGUGCUGGGCACGGUCGAGAAGCUCAACUACCACGGGCUGCCGCUCGUGCGUGGCGUCGCGUGGACUAGCCCGGCGCUGCUGGCGGAGGCGCUAAACCAUUGCGAGAGCCUCCGGACCCUCGACCUAAAUGGGACACGCCUCGACGACGAGGGCGUGGCGGAGCUCGCGGCGGGGCUCGAGGACGGUGCGCUCCCGGCGCUUGAGUUCCUCAUGGUUAAUGCAAACCGCUACGGCGUGCGCGGCGUCGGCGCGCUCUGCGGCGUGUUCCAUCGCGGCGUGGCGCCGGCGCUGCAGACGCUCAACGUCGGUGCCACGCCUAUUGGCGACGAGGGAGCCGUGGCGCUAGCUGCGGCGCUGGCGAUGGGCAAGCCGUCGCAUGGGCUGGGGUUGGCGUGGUGCGAGGUGGGCGACGAGGGCGCGAUGGCACUCGCAGCUGCCCUCCCGGCCGCGGGCGAAGCACGGGGGCCGCAGCCGGGGCAUGCGAUGGCGGCGUGGCAGAUUAGCUUGCUUCCCUGGUCGUACCCACUCAUGCGCGCUUUGGGGCGAGGCGCGCGACCUGCGUACGAGAGCGGCCGACACACCAUAUAA